AUGCAGCUGGCCCGUCAGGACAGACGUACAGCAGAAGACAACCUGGCAGGUCUGCAGCUGCAGCACAAGGGGCUGGAGGAGCUCAUCGCCACCCUGAAGGACGGGAAGGGUGCACAGAAGGUCGCAGAGUGGCACGCUAAGAUGGGCGAGAUCCGACUACAGGACCUGAAACUCAACAGGGAUGUCACAAGGCUGAAGGAACAGGUUGUAUUUCUGGAGAACCUGGUAGGGCAGCACGAGCGCAGCAUCUCCCUGCUGGAGGAAGAGUCUGUGAUGACAGCACGGCGACACGAGGAGCGACAGAUCCAGUGGGAACAGCGCGAGACGGAGCUGGAACGGCUGGUGGACAGGAUGGAGAGACAGCAGAGCAUGGUGCUGGACGCUGCUGUCAAGUUUGAGGAGGCGACCGGCUCCAUGCCUGACCCAACACUGCGAGCUGUAAGUGCCGGAUGCAAAGGCAGAGCUAACCGACUGUAG